AUGGAGUCAUACGGCCCCAUAGCUUAUGGUUUGAUCCAAAUAUUAAGAAACGGUCUGUCCGAGUUGACCUGGACCUUAGUUUUGGCGGUCUGCCUCUCUUCCUGCAUCGUCACGCGUGUGAUUACGGGCCUUGCAAGCGGACACCGAAAAUCAAAUCCAGGAGAGAUACGCUCAGGAAGACAAACUCCCUACUGGUUUCCCUGGAUAGGACUUGGCUUUGAAAUUCUCUGGGAUCAUGUUGGUCUUUUCAAAUCAUUACGGAGGAGAGAGAAGAUGGGUGAGCCCGUGUUUGGGGUUUUCUUGCGAGGACAGACCUACACUACAGUGGUGUCGCCGUCCAUGAUUCAGACAGUUCUCACUUCGCAAAUUACGCGUAGCGUGUCAAUUUUUGACCAGGUCAUGCAGAAUGUAUUCGGCGAUCGGAGCCUAGUACUUAGUCUGCGCGCAAAUCAAAACCAGCAAGUUUCUGAUGAUGUUAUGAAAGGCAUGAUCCAGGAUAAAUUUUUUCGCGGUACAUCAGAAGCUAUCACUAAGGUGCUCCAGUUCAAUGUCCCAAAUCUGGUGAGCUUCUCGCGAAGUCCCGUGGAUCAACUCCCUUGGGAGCGCGACAGUUCCGUCGUCUUGUCGGAGCAAGACCAGUCAGCUUGUGAGGCAGAUCUCGUUGCACUUUUGCAGAACUUUAUCGGCCACCAUAUGACCGUCGCUCUAAUGGGCGAGUCCUUUAUGGAGUCAUUCCCGAGUGUACUCCCUCAGCUGUCGACUUUCGACGAUGGGUUCGUCUCAUUGUUCAUAGGAUCCCCGAGAUGGAUUCCCUCCCCCUUGGCCUCGGCGGGACGAGCGGCACGGGAAAAUCUCAUUCAUAUCUUCUCAAUCUUUUACCGUGCCUUCUGCGCAUGCGAAGACGGCAUCGACCCAGGCAUUGAGCUUCGUGAUCUUGAUGAUGUGUCAGAGUUGGUCAAGGAGCGAAUGCGGGCCUUCCGGAAAUUAGAACUUUCACCACGGGCCAGUGGUGCUGCAAUCCUAUCCCUUUACUGGGAGUCGAUGGAGUACAUUAUCAAAAUGACAUUUUGGACCUUGAUUCACGUCGUUAGUGAUGCGGAGCUAGUCAAGGAGAUUCGCGAAGAAAUGAAACCAUACGCGGAGGCAACUCGACGCAGUCGCAAGGAGACUGGGUUCCCAUUUGAAGAGCCUCCGAACAUCAAACUUGAUAUGGAAAAGCUCGAGGAAUCAUGUCCACUUCUGAACGCGUGCUACUACGAAGCGAUCCGUCUGCAUUCUGCAGGAAUAUCGUACCGGGAAUUAGAAUCUGGUCUGACUCUCGUGGAGUCAAAGGAGGAAGCUAUGGAGCCUCACACGUACAAGAUCUCCAAGGGAAAUAAAGUUAUUAUGCCCCAUGGUGUCUUUCAAAACGAUGCAGAUCGCUUUUCCAACCCAGAUCAGUACGAUCCAUUGCGCUUCAUCACUACAGAUGCUUCAUCUGGCACCAAGAAGGUCAACCCGGAAAUCCUUGGACCUACUGCAGAGGGAUUGUACGGUCCUAAGAGCAACAAGUUCACCCACCAGACUAUCCUGGCUUUUACUGCUUCGAUCAUUUCGAUGUGGGAGAUUUCCUCAGUCAAUGAUAAGGAGCUUCUGAUACCACGUCACAGGAAGACCUGGGGAACAUUCCGGCCUGCGUAUGAUGUUAAAGUGCGCAUCAAAUCACGAGUCUGA